AUGGCGGGGCUAGGAGCCAGGCUGGGCCCUGGGCGCAGGCUACUGGUGUUGUCCACGCUGGGUUUUUGCCUAAUGCUGCAAGCCAGUGCCAAGAGACCUCCUAAGACGCCCCCCUGCCCACCCAGCUGCUCCUGCACGAGGGACACCGCCUUCUGCGUGGACUCUAAGGCAGUGCCCAAGAACCUGCCUUCAGAGGUCAUCUCCCUGACCCUGGUGAAUGCUGCUUUCUCAGAGAUCCAAGAUGGAGCCUUCUCCCACCUGCCACUUUUACAGUUCUUGUUACUCAACUCCAACAAGUUCACGCUCAUUGGAGACAAUGCCUUCACAGGACUGUCGCACCUGCAGUACCUCUUCGUCGAGAACAAUGACAUCUGGGCACUCUCCAAGUUUACCUUUAGAGGACUCAAGUCCUUGACACACCUCUCACUGGCCAACAAUAACCUGCAGACACUGCCCAGAGACAUCUUUCGUCCCCUGGACAUCCUGAGUGACUUAGACCUCCGGGGCAACGCACUUAACUGUGACUGCAAGGUGAAGUGGCUGGUGGAAUGGCUGGCACACACCAACACCACUGUGGCCCCUAUCUACUGUGCCAGCCCACCCCGCUUCCAGGAGCACAAGGUGCAAGACUUGCCUCUUCGGGAAUUUGACUGCAUCACCACCGAUUUUGUCCUCUACCAGACACUGUCCUUCCCAGCAGUGUCAGCAGAACCCUUCCUUUACUCCAGUGACCUCUAUUUGGCUCUGGCCCAGCCAGGUGCCAGCGCCUGCACCGUCCUGAAGUGGGACUAUGUGGAACGACAGCUUCGAGACUAUGAUAGAAUUCCAGCCCCCUCAGCUGUGCACUGCAAGCCGAUGGUGGUGGAUGGCCAGCUCUAUGUAGUCGUGGCCCAGCUGUUCGGUGGCUCAUACAUUUACCACUGGGAUCCCAACACCACACGUUUCACAAAGCUGCAGGACAUCGACCCACAGCGUGUACGCAAGCCCAAUGACCUGGAAGCCUUCCGCAUCGACGGUGACUGGUACUUUGCAGUGGCUGAUAGCUCCAAGGCAGGUGCCACUAGCCUCUACCGUUGGCACCAGAAUGGCUUCUAUUCCCACCAGGCCCUGCACGCCUGGCACCGUGACACUGACCUGGAGUUUGUUGAUGGUGAGGGCAAGCCACGGUUGAUUGUGUCUAGCAGUUCUCAGGCACCUGUCAUCUAUCAGUGGAGUCGUUCUCAGAAGCAGUUUGUGGUUCAGGGAGAGGUGACCCAGGUACCCGAUGCCCAGGCUGUGAAACACUUUCGUGCUGGGCGAGACAGCUACCUGUGUCUUAGUCGCUACAUUGGUGACUCCAAGAUCCUGCGCUGGGAGGGUACCCGUUUCUCUGAGGUGCAGGCCCUUCCCUCCAGGGGUUCGCUGGCCCUACAGCCCUUCCUGGUGGGUGGCCACCGCUACCUGGCACUGGGCAGUGACUUCUCCUUCACGCAGAUCUACCAGUGGGACGAGGGGCGACAGAAGUUUGUACGGUUCCAGGAGCUAGCUGUACAGGCCCCUCGGGCCUUCUGCUACAUGCCUGCUGGAGAUGCCCAGCUGCUCCUGGCCCCUAGUUUCAAGGGACAGACACUGGUGUACCGACAUGUUGUGGUGGAUCUCAGUGCCUAG